ACCAAGGCCAGCAAGGCCAGCACAGAGACCAAGGCCAGCAAGGCCAGCACUGACACCAGGGCCAGCAAGGCCAGUGGGGUAAGACGCCGGCAGCAGAGGGGCACACACAGCCGGGGCAGAACUCCCGGAAGAAGGGGAAGCUGCAGCUCCAAGAGGUCAUCCAGCAGGGCCAGCACUACCAGCAGGAUGAGAACUCAUGGUGCCACCCCAGGUGCACCCAACAGGGUGAGAACUCCUACUUCCUGGAAAAACCAGAGUGGGGGCAAGAGUCGCAGCCGUCCUAGAAACAACAACCGGGAAAGAAGUAACAGCCAACUUAGAAAUGUGAGCAGAGAGAAGAGUAACAGCCCACCAGGAGCCUCAGGCUUGGAGAGGAGUUCCGGGCCGGCUAUAAUCCCAGGCAGAGCAAAGAGUUACAGCCCCACUGGAACUCCCUUCAAGGAGAGAGGUUCCAGCCAGUCUCCGUCAACAUCAAGGAGGGUAAAGAGCUAUACUCAGAUGAUCACCCCUAGCAGGGAAUGGAGUUACAGCCCAACUGAAGUAUCCAGCAAGGCCAAGAGUUACACCCAGGAGACUGCACCCGGCAGGACCCAGAGUCACAGCUGGUCUAGCACUCCCAGCAGGACCCGAAGUGAGAGCCGGUCUAGCACCCCCGGCAGGACCGGAAGUGAGAGCUGGUCUAAAAUGCCCAGAUGGGCAAGAAGUCACAGCACGGUGAGAAGUCAGAGUUGGAAGAGAAGUCACAGUAGGGCAAGAAGUCGGACCCGGAAAGGAACUCCCAGUCAGAUGAAAAGACACAGCCGAUCUAGAACCCACAGCAACGGGGAAAGCUAUAACCAAUCUAGAAUC